AUGGAAGUUCUAAGUGCGGUUGUAACAAAAAUUGCUGAGUUAUUGGUUGCACCAAUUGGACAGUGGCUAUGUUAUUCGUUUGACUACGACAACGACAUUAGGACUAUGGAUAAUAAGGUAAAGAGAUUGCAGUUGGCUAGAGAUAGUGUGCAACAUUCCGUUGAUUCUGCAAGAAGUAAUGGUGAAGAAAAUGAAACUUUUGUUACCAUGUGGUUGACAAAGGCCGAUGAAACUAUAGAAGAGGCCAGGAAAAUUGUUGUAGUCGAAGAAAGAGCGCAUCCGAGGUGGUCUAAUGGGGCAUGCCUGAUUUUGAAGCUGCGGCAUCAGCUAAGCCGGAAAGCCAAGAAGAUAGUGCAAGUUAUUGAUGAAGUACUGGAAAAUGGCAGAUUUGAAAAAGUUUCCUACCGUCCUGCUCCACUGGGGGAGGUGUCUAGGAGACAAAUGGAUUACAUGGACUUUGUUUCAAGAAUGUCAACUGCCAAGGGACUUAUGGAGGCAUUGGGAGAUGCUAAUACCAACGUGAUCGGGGUGUGGGGGAUGGCUGGUGCGGGGAAGACUACACUGGUGAGAGAAGUUGCCAGGCAAGCCAAGGAAAAAAUGUUAUUCGAUGAGAUGGCCAUGGCAUAUGUGACGCAGAACCCAGAUACUAGACGAAUUCAAGGAGAAAUCGCCGACAUGCUAGAUCUAAAGCUUGAUGCGGAGAGUGAAAUAAGAAGAGCAGAUCGUUUGAUGCAGAGAUUAACAAAACACAUGAAGACACUUGUUAUCCUAGAUGAUAUAUGGAAGAAAUUGGAUUUGGAGAAAAUAGGAAUUCCUUCUACGGGAUGCAAAGUAGUACUGACUUCUAGAGAUAAGAAUCUAUUUUCUUGCGAAAUGGGCACUCAGAAGGAUUUUGGGCUUGAAGAAUUACCCGAAAAUGAAGCAUGGAAUUUGUUUGAAAUGAUGGUGGGUGAUUGUGUUAAAGACCCUAAUUUGCGAUGUACAGCAACUGAGGUAGCUAAGGAGUGUGCAGAUCUACCUAUUGCACUUGUAACAGUUGCUAAGGCAUUAAAAGAUAAGGAUCUAUUUCAAUGGAAGGAUGCGCUCCAGCUACUCAGAAGACCCUCUCCCGACUACCUCACAAGUAUGCAGUCAACUGUAUAUUCUCCUAUAGAGCUGAGUUAUAGUCAUCUUGAAAGUAAGGAGGUUCAAUAUUUCUUGUUGCUUUGUGCUGAAAUGGGUUACACCAUUACCUAUCGGGACUUGUUGAAAUAUUGUUAUGGAUUGGGUUUCUUUCAUGGCAUUAAUUCUUUAGAAGAAGCCAGAAACAGAUUAAAUAGCAAUGUUCGUAAUUUGAAAGACUCUUGUCUAUUGUUAGAUUGUCCCCAUGGUUCUGACCAUUGUCAUAUGCAUGAUGUUGUUCGUGAUGUUGCGACAUUCAUAGCGUCAAGGGAUCAUAAUAUGUUUGUACUGAGAGAUAAUAGUGGGCUAAAAAAUGGCCAGAUGUAG